UUAUAUUUAUAUUUUAUAUUUCAUUGGAUAUAGGGUCGGAUAUCCAAAUAACUGACAACCCGUCGGAUAUUUAAUACAUAAUAACCGCCGGAUAUAAGGCCGGAUGUAGGGUCAUGAUAUUACAUUAUCCGAUCUAGUAGGGUCAGAUAGUUUUUUAUUCCAAUAACCGAAUCAACCCGAUCCGCGAUCAUCCCUAGUCUGUUGUAAGCCCUUCCCAAUUUAUCUGCAAUUGAUGGAAAAUUUUCAGGGAUGAGAUCGGGCUCGACGUUAUCCGGUCUUUAAGCAUCGAGCACACAUUUGAUUCCUUCACACUUUUCUCACCCCUCUCCUCCAUUAACAACCUCGUCGGAGUUCACGCUCCUCCAAACCCACAAAGAUCUUAUUUUGCAGUUCGAUUCUUUCUCGCUCACUCCCUAAUCAGUUCCUGCUCUCCUCAAUGGCGUCCCAAUCUUGGGUUCCCUACCUUCCCACUAGAGACUGCUCCAUGGGCUUCUGCAGCGUCUACUGCCCUCAAUGGUGCUACGUCCUUCUACCGCCGCCGCCUCCCCCUCUAGCCUCCUCCUCCGCCACUGCCUCCGCCAUCUUCUUCGCCACCAUUGGCAUCCUUGCCGGCGCCCUUCUCCUUCUCUGCUACCGCGCUUUCGCUUCCCACCACUGCAUCUGGCUCGACCGCUACUACCAGACUCGCUUCCCCGGCGAUAACGCCGGCGGCCAGUCGACCUGGCCCAACGGGCUCGACGAGGCCCUGAUCCGCAAGAUCGCGGUCCACGAGUACAGGCUGGGCGACGGGGCGGUCCAUGGCACGGUUUGCGCCGUAUGCCUCAGCGAGUUCCGGGAGGCGGAGAGACUCCGCUUGCUCCCUAAGUGCGGCCACGCCUUCCAUCUCCCCUGCAUCGACGCCUGGUUGAACUCGCGCUCCAAUUGCCCUCUUUGCCGAUCUGACAUUGCGCCGCCUCUCCAUCCGCCGCCGGCGCCGGAGGCCCUUGAGACGGAGCGCGGCAGGGAGGAAGAAGCAUCACGCGCCGAGGAGGUGACGGUGAACAUAGAAAACGAGAUCAACGUCGAUUCUGAAGAGACAACGCCGGCGCCAGAGGAGGCGGUCGACGCCAUUGUCGAGGCGAGAGACGGGGAUGAGGUUCGGUCCUUUUUGGUGAACGCCGACCGCAUUCACAUCGGCAUUCACAUCGGCGACGUGUUGAAAAUGAAGAUGGAGGAUGAGAUCGCGCAAGCAAAGAAGGGGGUGUGGAUUGGCAGUGGCGGCGGCAGCUCGGGGCGGCGCUCGGCAGGGCAGCAUAGGAAGAACAAGGGGUUGCAUGGCGUGAUGAGGCCAGUGGCGAUGAAGAGGUCAUGCACAAACGGGAAGCUCUGGUCCAAUACCAAACACGUUGGCAAGGGAAGGAACGGAAGCCCACUGCAGGAAGAAGAAACUUCUUCCGAGUAGCCAUGAACCCGAAUUCUUCUUCUUCUUUUGAGUUUGUUUCGUACAGUCGUUUCUUCUUCUUCUUCUUUUGAGUUUGUUGCGUACAGUCGUUUAUCCUCUUUUAUGACAUGGCUCGGAAGGUUGUAGAAGUUAGUGACACUUUGUCGUUGCCCGUGACAUUGCGUACUCCGUUGCCAUUGAAGGAAGAGGGAGAUGGAGA